GUACCGCGGUUAAUUUAGGGAUACUUCAAGAGGCUGCUGAGAAGGCUUUUCGACUUUUGACGGCUGCAUCUCAACGCCGAGCACAGGUUCCUAUCCCAAUCGUGGCAAGUCCACUGUGCCAUGUCGGCGGUUGAGAGUCGGGGGGAGAGCGCCAGUGGUGGAGAUCCGGCAGAGAAUUUUCACUCCGUGUCGCUAGUGAUUCCUUUCGCUGACGCCAAGCAUUGUACAAUCGUCCAACGUAGUCUUCAGGCAGACCCUGAGCCGGUGCGGAGCCAUUGUGUGAAAUCCAUCGAGGCCGAUGACACGAGUCUCCGAGUGAAAAUCUCCGCGAAGGACAUCAAGAACCUACGUAACGCGACGACGAACUUUUUCGAGCUGCUUGAUCUAGUCCUGAAAACGAUCGAGGAAUUCGCACCGUAGAGUCCGCGAGAAGCAUGACUUCUCCUUCUCCGCAACUCUCUCGGUCCGUGCUGGGGUUCGUCCUGAUGAUUGGCGCACAAAUCACGUUCAUAGCCUACCUCGCCUGGGCGUACAUUCCGUCGAGAUCGUGGGCUAGCAUCGGCAUCACCUAUUUGCCGGACAAGUACUGGGCUAUCGCAUUGCCAUCCUGGUUGAUAGUUAGUGUCUUGACAUUCGCUUGUUGUAUCUACCCAGGAUACAUUCUCUCGUGCUCACCUACGAACACGAACUUGAUUGAGGACAGUGUGACGAGCUACGAUGUGGUCAAACACUUCGACGGAGUUGACAUUGAGCCCUUGAGAGAUAUACCUAUCUCGAAGAUCAAUCAAACCUUAUACCGGAAGCGGGAAUAAAAAGCUCUUGAAUCG